AGGGAAGAAAACGCCAUCCUUCCCUGCAGGACAGCCCCCGGUCUCCCCAAGCACGCCCAUGCACGGCUCCACGCAGCCCGACCCGCCUUCAGCCGCCCGCCCAUGGUGGAGGCAUCUCCCGUCCCACAGCACCGCCCGGGGAGGCGGAGCCGCGCAGGACUCGGAGGAGCCGCCGCUGCCGGAACCGCCGCCGCCCGCGUCGUGGCCAUGGAGGACUUUCACCCCCACAACGACGAGAUGAUCUUCAAUGCUGACGAGGCCCACAACAUAGUUAAGGAGUGCAUAGAAAGUGUUUUAGGCAAAGCAGAUUACAAUCACAACAAAGUCAACCAGUGGACUGCAGCUAUAGUGGAACAGUCGCUGACACAUUUGGUAAAACUGGGAAAAACAUAUAAGUACAUUGUAACCUGUGCAGUGAUGCAGAGAAGCGGAGCUGGUCUCCACACAGCAAGCUCGUGCUUCUGGGAUACUACAACUGAUGGGACCUGCACAGUGAGAUGGGAGAAUCGAACAAUGAACUGCAUUGUCAACGUGUUUGCUGUUGCUAUUAUCCUGUAGCUGACUGGAAGAUGAAUAUAAGCAACACCGCAGCCUAUAAAAAAAUGUUCCAAACACAUGGUUAAAUAUUUCAAUUAGUUAUAUAUAUAUAUAUUUUUUUUCUUUAAGAGGUGGUAUAGCAGACAGGAGUUCUCUAGGGAGGGCGUACAGUCUAAGCCAGUUCUUAUGGAUUAAUUAUUUGAAAUUGCGCAAAAAAAGAAUGAGAGAAAGUGAGUUUUCAGAGUUUAAAUAUUCAGAAGUAUGUUAAUGAGAAGAUGCCACAAAGAUCAAUAGAAUUUACAUCACAGCUAAUAUCAAAGACACUAUAUUCAAGAGGAACAUAUCUAAUCAAAGAAAAAGGUGAAAGGGCAAGCAAGACCUCUCAGGAUUCUCGUGCCUUUGGGAACAAAUUAUGGAUGCAGUUCAGAGUGCACAUACUGUAAACAGUAUCAAGUGCUUCAUGUUUGAUUAAAUAUAGCUGACUUCUUAUUGAAUGCUGGUGCCUUUGAAAUUGCAUGAACUUCACUCUUCAGUCAAGCUUGAACUUCUGCAUUGAGAUUGGAUCCAUACAAGCUUUCUUCCUUGAGGCAGAGGAUGACUUCACUAGGGCAAAAGUGCAAUGUACCUAGGCCUAACAAGAAUACUAAUUUUUCUUCAGAAUGGAGAAUAUUAUAUUUGUUGUCAAUUCAAUGGAUCAGACAUUAGCAAUGAAUUCAUAAUUUGCCCUUCCUAAAGCAUUCUGAAGGUACUUGCAUUCGAUUUUAUUCCGUGACUACAUAAUCUGUGACACGCACUUUAUUGAGUCCUUCUGCAAAGCAAGACUAACCAGGAGCGAGGGCAAUAAGAGUUAGCCCUCAUUUCCCCAAAUGGGACUUUGUUGUUCAAAGAGAAGGCACACACAUUUCUAGAGGCUCUUGUUACCUUUGAAACCAUUUAUCUUAAAGCAAAAUGUAUAUAAAAGUAUUUCCUAUAUUCUCUAAAUCUAGAAUUUAAUCAUAAUCUUAUUAAAAAAUAGUUCUAUUUUAAACACUAAGAAUUCCCACCCUAUCGAGAUUUAUGCAAGUUCUUAAAUUUGUUCAUCUGAUGAGUCUUAACUUGAAUUAUUCCACAUGGAAGAAAAGCAUUUGCACAAGUAUUUGUUAGAUUGGGGCCUACAUUUUUCUUUAUUAAUGCACAAUAUAUGUGAUAAAGAUGUAUCAAUACCAAAAAUGCCUGAAUGACUGCUGCCACUAAGUGGCAGCUACAUUAAGUUGUUUUAUCAGAUGCUGCUUAAGGAUAGAGCUUUUUCUUCAUUACUGCAUGUCUUUGGAAGAGACUAGUAACUACCUAACAGCUACUGUAAGGCUGUCCUGCAGUUCUAACAGAUGAGUAUUAAAGCACUGUUACGCAGUUUUGUUUGGUUUUCUGGUAACUGACUAUUAGGUCGUAUAGCAAGUGACCUGUACAAAGAGUAAGCUAAAAAUUGUGUCAUUGCUUAAAUUGUGUAUUCAUAUAGCUGCUGUGAGACUACAUACAAAUGGAACGUGUAAUUCACAAUGCUGUUGAAAAGCCCUUGCUUUGCAAACGAAUAGAGUUCUGCUUUUACCUGAGUGCAAGUAAAAUUAAGCACUGUAGUGUUACCUUUGCCUUAAAGGCAAGUAAAGUGUGAAGAUGUAUAUGUAUAUUGUACUGACUUUCAGAUAUAUAGCAAUUCAACCUCGUAUGGGUUAGAACAGCACUUUCUGAAUGCAGUGCUGCCACUUAAGAGCUGACUUGUGAAACUAACAAAAAUGCAGAGUUUCACUGAUUUUCAGAAUUGCACAAAAUGAAAAAGGUAAGUGGAGCAGCAACUGGAAGGUAGGGUUGCUGUAGUGUGAGAUGUAAAAGUAGAAGUGGCCGUUAUCCCUAUUUAAUGGGUGUUCAGGUGCUGUGCUCAGAAGUAUUCCGUACAGCUAUUUGUAACUUAUUUGGUGUUUCUGCUUUACUUGAAAAUAAGAUGCACUGAGCAGGACUAUCAGUUUAAUGAGGCUUGGUGAAAGUUCCACUGCAAAAGAAACCUGGAAAAUGCUGCUUAAUUGUAAGAAUGCUUCAUUUUUCUUUCUACCAAAAUCAAAAACUAAAGAUUUGCCUUAGUUGUA